UCAGAUGAGGAGAUGCCAGGGGGAUGGAAUGCCUCUUCCGACAGCCCAGAGCUACGCGCUGCAGGGAUUAUUGUGCCCAUCAUCUUUUCCCUCAUCUUCCUCCUGGGUACUGUGGGGAACGGGCUGGUGCUGGCCGUGCUGCUGCGGAAUGGCCAAGUCAAGUACAACACCACCAACCUCUUCAUCCUUAACCUGGCCAUGGCUGACCUGUGCUUCAUCGUCUGUUGCGUCCCCUUCCAGGCCACCAUUUACACCCUGGAUGGAUGGCUCUUUGGGGCCUUUGCCUGCAAGGCUGUGCAUUUCCUGAUCUACCUCACCAUGUAUGCCAGCAGCUUCACCCUGGCCGCCGUCUCCGUUGACAGGUACCUGGCCAUUCGCUAUCCGCUGAAGUCCCGUGAUCUCCGCACCUCCCGCAACGCAGGAGUGGCCAUUGUAGCAAUCUGGUCACUGUCGCUGCUCUUCGCGGGGCCUUACCUCAGUUACUACCAGAUAGUCCAUUACCACGGGGUGCCCAUCUGCAUCCCCAUCUGGGAGGACCAGCGCCGAAAGAUUCUGGACAUCCUCACCUUUGUCUUUGGAUACCUCCUGCCCGUGACCGUGGUGAGCCUGGCAUAUGCCAGGACCAUCAAGUUCCUGUGGACUUCUGUAGACCCCAUAGAAAGGAUCUUGGAGUCCCGGAAGGCCAAAUGUAAGGUCACCAAGAUGAUUGUGGCUGUGGCCAUCCUGUUCUGCCUCUGCUGGCUACCCCACCACCUGGUCAUUCUGUGCUUCUGGUUUGGCCACUUCCCCUUCAACCGAGCCACUUAUGCUUGCCGCCUGGCUUCCCACUGCCUUUCGUAUGCCAACUCCUGCCUCAACCCCAUUGUCUACGCCCUCAUCUCCAAGCAUUUCCGCAAGCGUUUCAAGCAAGUCUUCACCUGCCUCUUCUUCCAGAACAAGACCAGGAAGAAGAAGAAGAGAGUUGGAAAGAAAGUCCGUGUGGUCAAUGUGGGCAAAGGUUUCACCAACAGCACCAGAGGUUUCUAUGGAGACAACACUGAGGUGACCCAGGUCCCAGAGGAGAACACCAGGAAGAGAGACCCUGAAAGUGCCAGACAUGCCAGAGCAUGGACUCAUCAGCUACAAGAUGCCAUGGUCUCUGUUCAGAAGGACCUGCUGGAGGUAGAAAGUUUGGCAACAGCUGGCCAUCCCCUAGCUAUGACCCCUCCAAGAGGAACUCAUGAGUUUCUGACUGUUCACUACAGAUGA